CACAAACAUGGUGGAUUUGAGUAGUUGAUAGACGGACAUUUACUUUAACAUACCUUUAUUUGAAAAAGUGACAUGAUCUCGAGAUGAUGCUAAUAAAUGUUUGUUUAUUUUUAUUAUCUUCAACAAAAUUAGCUUUAGCAGAGUACUAUGAAUACUAUGAAUGCAACACACCUUUAUUCUCAAAAGCAGCAGUUAGUGCUACUUCGGCUAUGAAUGAAAGGGGCCCCAAGAAUGCAGUCCUAUAUGGUGGCAAUGCUUGGAGUGCCCACGACAGCGAUUUUGACCAAUACCUGAUAUUCGAUCUGGGCCAAGUGAUGAACGUGACGAGGAUAUGGACUCAGGGUAGGCCCCACAGUAACGAGUACGUCAUGGAGUACCGUAUCAGUUACGGUAGCAAUGGGUUGGAUUAUGCCGAUUACAAAGAAGCAGGGGGAGAUAUUAUGAUGUUUCCUGGCAAUGUAGACGGUGACACUAUUCACAAAAAUGAAUUUGAGGUGCCAAUUAUUGCCCAAUGGAUUAGAAUAAACCCUACACGAUGGCGAGAUCGUAUAUCUCUCAGGGUCGAAUUGUUUGGCUGUGAAUAUGAGGCUGACAACAUGUUCUUCAAUGGCAGUUCGUUAUUGAAAUAUGAUUUAUAUAGGGAACAGGUAUCCGCCCUAAAGGAAAGCAUAAAAUUCAGGUUCAAAACUACCUCACCAAAUGGCAUUCUCUUAUACAGUAGGGGUACUCAAGGAGAUUAUAUAGCUUUACAAAUUAGGGAUAAUAGGAUGUUGUUGAAUAUCGAUUUAGGUUCCGGUACCGUUACAGGCCUUUCCGUGGGAAGUUUAUUGGACGAUAAUAUUUGGCACGACGUUGUGAUAUCGAGAAAUAGAAGGGAUAUUUUAUUCUCAGUAGAUAGAGUGGUUGUGACUGAAAAAAUAAAAGGAGAAUUCCAGAGACUAAAUUUAAAUAGAGGAUUUUAUGUAGGAGGUGUUCCGAAUGUUCAAGAAGGAUUGGUUGUUGUACAAAACUUUACGGGAUGCAUGGAAAAUAUGUAUCUUAAUUCAACGAAUCUUUUUAAGGAAGUUAAAGCAGCUUACAGUUACGGAGAGAGUUUCAAAUUUGAAAAAUUCAACGUCCUUUAUAACUGCCCGGAACCACAAAUUGUUCCAGUUACUUUUAAGACUCAGCAUUCCUUUGCGAAGUUGAAGGGAUAUGAAGGAAGUACAACCAUGAAUUCCUCUUUCGCCUUUAGAACUUACGAAGAUAACGGCCUUAUGCUUUAUCAUGCAUUUUCAACGAGCGGUUAUGUUGCUAUAUAUUUAGAAGCUGGCAAACUGAAAGUGGAGUUAGUGUCUCCCAACAACCCAAAAGUGGCCUUUGACAACUAUGAAGAGCAAUUUAACGACGGAAGAUGGCAUACAGUUGUCCUUACGAUAUCAACCAACAAAAUUGUCUUCAGUGUCGAUUAUAGGCCAAUGGUGACAACGCGUGUGUUGAAGAUUGUGACGGGUAGCAUAUAUUUCAUCGCUGGUGGAGUUAGUGCUGCUUUAGGAUAUACCAAUACUAUCUUCCCUGGAUUUGUUGGAUGUAUGAGGAAUAUACGGAUCGAUGGUAACAGCAAAUUGCCUACAGAUUGGACUCAAGAAGAAUAUUGCUGCGGCGAGGAAGUAGUGUUCGACUCGUGUCGUAUGACAGAUAGAUGCAAUCCAAAUCCUUGUCAACAUGGAGGUGUUUGUAAACAAAAUUCAGUGGAAUUUUUCUGUCGUUGUAAGGGUACUGGCUAUGGAGGAGCAGUGUGUCACAGUUCCAUUAAUUCACUUUCUUGUGUGGCGUACAAAAAUGUGCAGGCGGUGGGCCAACGCGCAGAAAUUAAGAUUGACGUCGACGGUAGCGGACCUCUAGCUCCUUUCCCGGUAACGUGCGAGUUCUAUGCUGACGGCCGUGUAGGAACUGUAUUGCAUCACAGUAACCAAGAAACCACUUCGGUGGAUGGAUUCCAGGAACCUGGAAGUUUUAUACAAGAUAUUCACUACGAUGCUGACGACGACCAGAUAGCUGCAUUGAUCAACAGAAGCAGUACUUGUAGGCAACACAUACAGUAUGCGUGCAAGGGUGCGCGUUUGAUGAAUUCACCGUCACAGGAAAAUGAGUUCAUUCCUUUCUCCUGGUGGGUGUCGAGACACAAUCAAAAGAUGGAUUAUUGGGGAGGGGCUUUAGCAGGUUCAAGAAAAUGUGAGUGUGGAAUUUUAAGCACUUGUACGGAUUCCACAAAAUGGUGUAACUGUGAUGGUGUUCAGAAUGCCGAUAUUUGGCAAGUGGAUGCAGGUGACUUAACUGACAAAGAGACCCUUCCGGUGAAGCAACUUCGUUUUGGUGACACAGGCAGUGCUCUCGAUCAAAAAGAAGGACGUUACACUUUGGGACCACUGAUUUGUGAAGGAGAUGAUUUGUUUAACAACGUCGUUACAUUCCGGGUGGCAGAUGCCACCAUCAACUUACCUACGUUCGACAUGGGUCAUAGCGGUGAUAUUUAUUUCGAAUUCCGAACUGCUUCAUCUAGUGCCGUACUCUUCCAUUCCACAGGACCUUCAGAUUAUAUUAAAUUGAGCAUAGUUAACGGAAAUCAACUUCAGUUCCAAUACCAAGCAGGUUCAGGUCCUAUUGCUGUCAUUCGAGAGGUUUCUUACAGAUUAAAUGACGAUCAAUGGCAUUCUGUAUCUGUGGAACGUAAUAGAAAAGAAGCUAUGAUUGUAAUCGAUGGUGCCCUAAAAGCUGAAGUAAGAGAACCACCAGGGCCAGUAAGGGCAUUGCAUCUGACAUCUGAACUCUUUAUUGGAGCGUCUACAGACUAUAGGGAUGGUUUUACUGGUUGCAUCCGAGCUCUACUAAUUAACGGUCUUCACAUUGAUCUUCGUCAAUACGCAAGAAUGGGUCUAUACGGUAUACAAGAGGGCUGCAUAGGAAAAUGCCAGAGCGGUCCAUGUUUGAACAACGGUACAUGUCAUGAGAGAUACGAUUCCUAUAUGUGCGAUUGUCGUUGGACCGCAUUCAAAGGACCAAUUUGCGCAGAUGAGAUCGGUGUUAAUAUGAGACAAAGUUCUAUCAUUCGGUAUGACUUUGAAGGUUCAUUUAGGAGUACUAUUGCAGAACAUAUACGAGUUGGAUUCACUACUACAAAUCCUAAAGGUUUCCUUUUGGGAUUAAUUUCAAAUAUGACCGGAGAAUACAUGACCAUCAUGGUAUCAAAUUCUGGUCAUUUACGUAUUGUUUUCGACUUCGGAUUCGAACGUCAAGAAGUCAUUUACCCAGAAAAGCACUUUGCUCUAGGCCAAUAUCACGAUCUGAUAGUUUCUAGAAAGAACGGAGGAUCAACAUUGGUGAUGCAAGUUGAUGGAUAUGAAGCGAAAGAGUUUAAUUUCAAUAUUAAGGCAUCUGCUGACGCUCAAUUCAACAAUAUUCAAUACAUGUACAUUGGAAAGAACGAAUCUAUGACAGAAGGUUUCAUCGGUUGUGUUUCUAGGGUAGAAUUUGAUGAUAUAUAUCCGUUGAAAUUGCUAUUCCAACAACAAGGGCCUGGAAACGUCAGAUCGUUAGGAACUAACCUGACUGAAGAUUAUUGUGGUGUGGAACCCAUUACUCAUCCACCCGAUAUCAUUCAAACUAGACCACCACCCAUUUUAGAUGAAGAAAAAUUAAGGAGAGCCUACAACCAAGUUAACUCAGCUGUAUUAGGAAGUGUUCUGGCUAUCGUGUUCCUCGCCCUCGUAGUUCUCCUAAUAAUCAUCGGCAGAUACUUACACCGACACAAAGGAGAAUAUUUGACCCAAGAAGACGCCGGUGCAGACACAGCUUUAGAUCCCGACACGGCCGUCGUGCACGGCGCCACCGGACAUCACGUUCAAAAGAAGAAAGAAUGGUUUAUAUAGAACCGAUAUCGAUUACGUUUAAGAUAUUUUUAUUGAAAAUUGGCCUAAAUAGUACAAGUACCGCUGUAAUAUAGUUUUGUAUUCGAUUUAAGUAAUAUUUUAUCGAUAAUGGUUGCAAUAUGAACAAGUGCUGUACUUUACACCUUAAAAUUAAUAGUCAAAAUAAUUUAUGCCACUUUAUUCACACUAGAUAUGCGCAUUUUGCUUUAUUUCUGAUAGCUGAACACUUUAUCAUACAGUUAUGUAUACAUUUGACGACCUAUAAAACGCUGUUUUGAUUUUUUUGAGCGAAGUUAAAGUGGUUAUUAGGUAAAGUACUGUACUAGACUUUACGAAGAUGUGUUUCCUAAAUCUUAGCGUAACGAUUAAAAACAUUUAAAAAUAAAAUUACGUAAAAUCAUACAGACGUACAUAAAGUACGUUUAAGAGCUCGCAUAAUAGCCAAAAAACCGGUUAUAAAUAGCUUUUUGAAGAAAUAAUAUUUUUUUUUCUCUUUUUUGUUAUAUUAAAUACUUUUAGCAGCAUUUAUUGUGGGGUACAUUGUUGUUUCCAAUACUAUUCUUGGCAAUCCGUUUUCAUACAUUCCUUAUACAUGGUG